AUACGGUUUGGGCAAAAAACACUAAUGCACAAGGAGGGUUAUCCUGUGUUGAAUUAGGAGGAAAACCAUUAGUAAGCAACUUAUUCAGGUCAUCGACUAAAAUGUAGGCCACAUUUCUAGUUCUCAAAUCUAUUCAAGCUCUACUUUUUCUCUUCUUUCUUGUAGUACCCUCUAAGGACUAGAAAUGUGCGCUUGCGUGUCGAUUAUCGGCAAGGAAAACUCGCCGCUCUAUAUUGCAACGGCCAGCGCGGACAAGGAAAUCGAACUUCAGUAUCAGGUUCACGCAUCGCUCGAUGUGAUCGAGGAGAAAUGCUCCACCGGCCAGAAGCAAAGUGCCGAUGGGCGGGAGCUCUAUCUGGGCUUGCUGAACUCGACGGAGAUUUACAAAAUCUACGGAUACGUUACCAAUACCAAAGUGAAGUUUGUGAUCGUUAUCGAUUCGAGCAAUACUUCUUUCCGGGAGAACGAAGUGCGGAGUAUGUUUAGGAAUUUACACUCGCUCUAUACAGAUGCCGUGUGCAAUCCGUUCUACAUUCCCGGUGAACCGCUGACAUCGAAAACGUUCGAUAGAAAUGUUAGAAAUAUCAUCAAUACAAAUUAAAUAAAGAAUAAAGUAUAGAACAGGA